CUACAUUUUCCUUCUUCCCAUUUUCUUCAUCGAUUCAAUUUCAGUUCUUGAAACUAUGAAGAACCGUUUUUCCGAUUAUAAAAUUGUUCAUUACUCUUUGAACAACAAAGGGGCUUUUUUGAAUUUCAGAAUUUCACUUCAAUUUCUCAAUUGUUUUACCCGUUUUACAUUUUCAAUAAAAACUAGGGUUUUUCAAUUCUUCACAAUAUGAAAAUAGACUAUAAGAGUUUCGCUCCUGUAAAUCCCCAAAUAAUCAAAUCAUCUCUAUCUACACCAUUAAAAUCUACUCCUUUAUGUUCAGAAAAGAAGAAGAACAUAUCUUCUUUAACCGAUUCUUUUCAUUCUCCCUCUAAUAGAGUUCCUGUUGGUGAUUCUCCUUAUGUUAUUAAAGCUAAACACGUUCAGGAUGCAAGCAAGGAUGUUAGGAUGAAGCAUCAUAAUCAUGCUGAUGAUUUUAUUGAAGCAAUUAAAUUGUUUCGUAAUCUGUGCUCUCAGCAAGCUCAGGAAUCUCUUGAUGAUGUGCUCAUUGAUCUCUACAAGAGAGCUGGUAGGAUGGACGAACAUAUCCAACUCCUUGGACAUAAACUGCAGCUCGUCAAAGAUGGCGUAACUAAGACAGCAAGAGCUGUAGAGAUGUUCUGUUGCUCCAUUGAACAAGAGAAAUCAAGGUUAUUGGGAACUUGGGAUGGGCUUACAUGCAACAGGAGAAGUACCAGCUAGCUGAAGAAUUGUAUAGGAAAGCUUUAUCAAUCGAGCCAGAUAAGAACAAACAAUGCAAUCUUGCCAUCUGCUUGAUGCACAGAGGAAGAAUUACUGAAGUAAAGUCUCUACUUGAAACUGUAAAAGCUGAGCCUGAGUUUGCUGAUUCCUAUGUUAAAUCAUUUGACUGUGCUACCGAGAUGCUUUCUGAGCUUAAUUCAGGUCCAGCUCUGAAACCACUUGAGCAGAAGAAAGACGAUAGUUUCAAAAUGGAGACUCUGGUCAAAGUGAAUUCCAGUUCAAGAUAUGUGGUUGGUGAAAGAGGUUUGGAGCAUUCAGAUUCACAAAAGGAGAAUGAAACUGUUUGCCGAAGCUAUAAUCUGAAUUCUGAAGCUACCUAUCAUCAGUUAUCAUUAGCGAACGAUAUUGAGUACAAUCUACAAAAGGAGUUUGAAGUAUUUGAUAUCAAUGGAGAAUUCAGAAAAUCAGCGGCUCGAGGAGGUUCUCUAUAUUCAGACCAGAAGAAGUACUUGUACUCAACAAAUAGACAUGAAUGUGCAGGUAAUCUUCAGGUUUUAAAGGAAAUCCCUCUUCAGGAGGAUAGUGCAGAGAAAGACAUGGCUCUUGUAAUGAAGCAGGCGAUUAAAGCUAUUAAAUCCUUUCGCAGUCUGUGCUCUCGACAAUCUCAAGAAUCUCUUGAUAAUGUGCUCAUUGAUCUUUACAAGAAAUCUGGUGGAAUUGGCCAACAUAUAGAACUCCUUGAACGUAAACUGCAGCUCCUUGAAGAUGGUGGGAACAAGUCCCGUUGCUGUUCUGUUCAUCAUGAGAAAUCGAGGUUACUAGGAAACUUGGGAUGGGCUUACAUGCAAAAGAAGAAUUACAAAGUUGCUGAUGAAUUCUAUCGGAAAGCGUUAUCUCUUGAACCAGAUGAGAAGAGUAAUGAAUGCAAUCUUGCCAUCUGCUUCAUACAAAAAGAAAGAAUUCGGAUCGCAAAGUCUCUACUUCAAAACCACGUGGAUGGUGGAAGAGGUUUGGUGCCUUCUUAUAUGAAAUGCUUAGAUAACUCACAUCCAAGUAAGGGACAGCAUCAAAACCAUGGACUCGGAGGAAAAUGGACAGGCAAGGAUCCUCGUUUAAGGGUUUCAGACAUGAAUGGGUCAGAUUCUAGUUUUGGGCAAGAUAUGGUUGAGAAAGAAGAGGAGAAGGAGGAUUCUUUAAGUCUAUUUUCUUCUGAAAAUACCAUUGAAUCUGUCAGUGAGUGGAGUAGCAGCGAAGAUUCCAGUUAUAUAUCUCAAGAGACAGAUAUUAGACUACUAGUGGUUGAUGAUCUGAAUGAUGCAGAAGAUACUCUACAGAAACAGUUUGAAGCAGUUGGUAUUAAUGGAGAAUUCAGAAACUAUAAGAGGGGAACGGUCAUUAUUGUGUUUCUUGACGCCAGUAAACUAUAUGUGGUCUCCGACAGCAGGUUGAGCUAUGAAUUUAUUAAUCCUGAUACUAAAGUGAAGGAAUAUAGGAUAUGCUAUCGUAAUAAGGUAAAAUGUGAGGGCUUGCAUGUGAAAGUAGAAGAAGUUGGUGAGAAAAUCACAGCCUGUGAAGGUUUCUUAACAGCUUUAGCAGGAAAUUACAAAAUUGCUCAUCACGUUUGCGAAAAUCUUAAGCAAAUGUGGAUUAACGAAGAAAUUGGUUCAGAUCAUAGGUUUUUUGCCGAGAGAUUGGAAGAUCACUCCACCGAUACUGAUUUCAUUUUAGUUACUCCCACCAACAUGGGUGGUUUUCAGAUUAGCAGUGUGAAGGACAAUGGAGUACGCCCUAUGGUUGGUAAGUUACUGUGUUUGGGAAGUGGGGCAGGUUUAGCAGAAAAAAUCAUAUUAGAAAAGCUAAAAACACGUAACCAAGAAAUCAGCACCGUAGAGAUGUUGAAGGAGGUUGUACAUGAAGUUUGUGGAGAAGAGAAGACCGUCGGGGGAGUUGUGACAGUUGCAGUUAGCGAAGUUGUCGGUGAAAGCGAUAAAGACAAAAGGCUGAAAACAGAAUUUUUUCGGUUUCCACCACUUAAAAGAGUGUGACCUAUCACAGUCUUGGAUGAUGGAAUACAAUUUGCAAAGGAUGACUGUUUCUUGUUAAUUGAUGGCAAAAAUGUUUUAGAUUUUGGAAUCCUCGAACACAUCGAGGAGGGGGACUUGAGUGAUUAUCCUGUUAGGCCAGACUUGGUUAGAGUCCGGAUAUUUCUGGAUGCAACAGAUGAUCCUUGGUUUUAUCAUGCCUCCAACUAUUCAGAAAGAACAGAUUUUGUAGAUUUUGAAUACUCGGUUUUGAGCUACAACCAAGCUAAACAAAAGUUCAAUAUGGUCCUGGAAUCUUCAAAGAAGGAAACUCAAGAACUUUACGAGUCGAUAAUUGUUGGUAAAACAAGAAUGUUUUGGGAUAACGAAAACAUGGUUUUCAUCAUCUGUUGAUUGAUUUUAGUAUUUGAACUUGUAUACAGAUUUGAACUUGUGUACAGAUUUAUUGGUGUAAUA